CCUCCGAGAAGGUGGAGGCGCUGCCGGAGCCGGCGACCCCCGAGUCGCGGGCGCGCGUGCGGCUGCGCCAGGACCUGGCCUCGCUGCCGGCCGAGCUCAUCAACCAGAUCGGCAACCGCUGCCACCCCAAGCUCUACGACGAGGGCGACCCCGCCGAGAAGCUCGAGCUCGUCACAGGCACCAACGUGUACAUCACGCGGGCGCAGCUGAUGAACUGCCACGUGAGCGCGGGCACGCGGCACAAAGUCCUCCUCAGGAGGCUCCUGGCCUCCUUUUUUGACCGCAACACCCUGGCCAACAGCUGCGGCACCGGCAUCCGCUCGUCCAGCAACGACCCGCGGCGGAAGCCGCUGGACAGCCGGGUCCUGCACGCCGUCAAGUUUUACUGCCAGAACUUCGCGCCCAACUUCAAGGAGAGCGAGAUGAACGCCAUCGCGGCCGACAUGUGCACGAACGCGCGGCGCGUCGUGCGCAAGAGCUGGAUCCCCAAGCUGAAGCUGCUCAAGGCCGAGGGCGACGCCUACCCGCCCUUCAUCAACGACAUGGGCAAGCUGGAGGCCGACGUGUGCGCGGAGGCCGCCUUCGAGGCCGUCCCCGGCGAGGCCGAGGCGCCCGCCGAGGGGCUGCAGUGA